AUAGAGACUUCUGGACUCUAUAGAACCCACUGCCUCCUGAUGAAGUCCCUACUGUUCACCCUUGCAGUUUUUAUGCUCCUGGCCCAAUUGGUCUCAGGUAAUUGGUAUGUGAAAAAGUGUCUAAACGACGUUGGAAUUUGCAAGAAGAAGUGCAAACCUGAAGAGAUGCAUGUAAAGAAUGGUUGGGCAAUGUGCGGCAAACAAAGGGACUGCUGUGUUCCAGCUGACAGACGUGCUAAUUAUCCUGCUUUCUGUGUCCAAACAAAGACUACAAGAACUUCAACAGUAACAGCAACAACAGCAACAACAACUUUGAUGAUGACUACUGCUUCGAUGUCUUUGAUGGCUCCUACCCCUGUUUCUCCCACUGGUUGAACAUUCCAGCCUCUGUCUCCUGCUCUAGGAUCCCCGACUCAUUAAAACAAAGAGGCUUA